CUCACGCUUGCUGCUCGUCUUUGGAUUCAGCUGCACAGUUUUGGGAAGAGAUGCUGUCCCAAAUGAAGCUGCUCGCUGUCUGCCUUCUCUGGCUGACCAUGGUGCAGGGGAGGCCGGGCUCCCACGCCAGGCACACGGCAGUGCUGAGUCUACAGCGAGCCGCUGAGGGGAGGGAGGAACGCCAGGGUGAGGGUGACCGGAGGGCCGUAGAGAUUCAGGGGAAGAACAAGCCAGCACGGGGCACAGGGCCUGACACUCAGGGUCACAGUGACCGCACGUGGACCCGCUUCUUCAGCGACUUCAUGAAUAAACAGAAAACCUUCCGGGGCAGGACCAGGAAAGGGUCUUCGUCCAGCUGCUUCGGGGCAAAGAUGGACAGGAUUGGAGCAAUGAGCUCGUUGGGAUGUUGAGAUGGAUAAUCUUCACAGGUACUGACUGCGCUCCAGCUUCUGAAACAGUGAACUCAAACUGAGAGUGAAGUGCGGAACUCUGAGAGAACUGAUGACUCCUGGUUCAUCUGAAAACCAGAUCGACAGUAUAGAUAAUGACUUCUGAGUGGAAAUGAACGUUUAAUUUCCAAUGAACUUGCAGUGGUUAUGAAGUGACUGUGUCCUGCUUUGUGAAGCUGUAUUAUUUAUGUCCAUGUUGGUCAAUAUUUAUGCUAUUUAUAAAAGUCUGUAAUAAU